CAACUUUCAGUCGUGUUCGGUGGGUGCCAUAGCUGGUCAUUUUCUUAUCUCACAGUGUAACAAAUAUAUUUUUUUCCUUAAAAUAUGAGACACUUCCAGAUCCUUGUGGCAGGAUUAACAUUAACGUUAGCAAAUGCUCAAUUCAAAUGUCCAGCCAAAGAUGGACAAUACGAAGAUUCUCGACAGUGUGAUAAAUAUUAUGAGUGCAUCGAUGGAGAAGCCACCGCUAAAUUAUGUCCAGAUGGUUUGGUAUUCGACCAACUCAUCAGGAAGAGGAACAAAUGUGAUAAUCCUUUCAACGUAGACUGCGGAGACCGAACUGAACUACAGCCGGCCCAGCCCAAAGGCGUGUGCCCACGACAAAACGGCUUCUUCGCACAUGAAAACCCUGCCGUGUGCAACAAGUUCUACAACUGCAUCCACGGCGAGCACAUCGAAACGGUCUGCACGGCCGGCCUCCAUUUUGACGAAUUCUCUGGAAUCUGCGUGUGGCCUGACACCGCUGGAAGAGAAGGCUGUGAUGCUGCUGCAAACACAAUUUUGAAGGACGGCUUCACAUGUCCCACCGAUGCCCAAAAAGACGCCAACGGCAACAUUGCCGUGCAUCCCAAAUACGCUCAUCCUACCGACUGCCAAAGAUUUUACGUGUGCUUGAACGGAGUCGAACCACGUGAUUUGGGAUGCCAAGUCGGCGAGGUUUACAACGAAGACAGUCAAAGAUGCGAUGCUCCCGAAAACGUUCCUGGAUGUGAGGAUUGGUAUAAGGAUGAACCAUCUGCACCACCAUCAGCGAAACAAGGGAAAAAAGCCUAAAUUAAAUUAUUAUUAAAUUAGUUUUUGUAUUCGUUGAACAUAUCACUUUCUAAUAAAAAUAAACAAAUACAACA